AUGGUUGAUCUCAAUAACGUGACUUAUCGUGUUGCAACUUCAUCAGAUUGCGAUUUAUUGGUCAUGUUUGUUAACAAUGCCUAUGGUGGUGAAAUAGCACGACAAGGUUGGACUAAUGCAAAUGAAAUUAUCGACGGACAAAGAACAGAUAGAAAUGCCAUGGAUGUGAUGAUUAGCAAUAGUGACUCUAUUAUAUUGGUAGUUUUCAAUAAAAGUGAUAACAUUUUGAUAGGAUGUGUGUAUUUGCAACAUAAAUCAGACAUAAAAACGGCAUAUUUAGGGAUGUUAACUGUCCGUCCUGAUUUACAAAGAAGUGGAUAUGGGAAAAUGAUUCUAUUUUUGGGAGAAAAUUAUGCUAAAGAUCAAUGGAAUGUUGAUUACAUUGAAAUAACAGUUAUUAUACAAAGAACAGAAUUAGUCGAAUUUUAUAAUCGAUGUGGCUAUAUUGAAAUUGGAGAAUAUCAACCAUUUCCACCAGAUGAAUUUGGUCGCCUAAAACGAAACGAUUUACAAAUUUGUACUAUGAAAAAAUCUCUCAAAACAUAA